GAGUGGGAUGCUAGCAAAGUGUCUUAGAAGGGUUAAUUCACUCACUCAAGUGGGAACUCGCAAUUUAUCGGCAGAGGUUCGACGUGUUGUCCUCAUUCCUGGAGAUGGAAUUGGUCCUGAAAUUUCUAAAUCAGUUCAGGAGAUUUUCGAGGCCGCUAAAACUCCUAUAGAGUGGGAUCCAGUAGAUGUGACACCAGUCAAAGGACGGGAUGGAGUUUUCCGAAUUCCUUCUCGUUGUAUCGAACUGAUGCACAAAAACAAGGUAGGUCUUAAAGGACCACUAGAAACACCAAUCGGUAAAGGACAUCGGUCACUCAAUCUCGCUGUUCGCAAAGAGUUCAACCUAUACGCAAACGUGCGUCCGUGCCGUUCUCUUGAAGGCCACAAAACACUUUAUGACAACGUUGAUGUCGUAACUAUUCGUGAGAACACCGAAGGAGAAUACUCUGGAAUUGAACAUGAGAUUGUACCCGGAGUUGUACAGUCGAUUAAAUUGAUUACACAUGAUGCUUCACAACGUAUUGCAAAGUAUGCGUUCGAAUACGCUCGACAGAACUCGCGGAAAUGUGUCACUGCUGUGCACAAGGCUAAUAUAAUGCGCAUGUCUGAUGGAUUGUUCCUAAAAAUUUGUCGUGAACAAGCUGCUAAUUAUCCUGAUAUAAAAUUCAAGGCAACCAUCCUAGUCUCAAAAACGAAAUGUAUUUCUUGGGUUAUUUCUUUUAAGGAAGCUUAUCUUGAUACCGUAUGUUUGAACAUGGUACAAGAUCCAGGACAGUACGAUGUUCUUGUCAUGCCAAAUCUCUAUGGGGAUAUUUUAUCUGAUUUGUGUGCUGGUUUAGUAGGAGGGCUAGGGGUCACACCCUCAGGCAAUAUUGGAGAGGAUGCAGCGGUUUUUGAGUCUGUUCACGGCACCGCACCAGAUAUUGCUGGUCAAGAUAAGGCUAAUCCGACAGCCCUUUUGCUGUCCGCCGUUAUGAUGUUGAGAUAUAUGGAUCUCACGUCUUAUGCUUCGAAAAUUGAGCGUGCUGUGUUCGAUUCGAUUUCCGAGGGCCAGGCAAAAACAGGAGAUCUAGGAGGUAAGACAACUAUUUUAUUCAAUUGUUUAUUGAGUAAAGAUGUAUGA